GUUUCAAAAUAAAUCUUGUCUUUAAUUUAAUUUGUUUUAUUGUAUUAAAUAACAAUUGGUGCUUGAACAGAUCAGCAAGUGCAAAUAAUAAAGUAGAAAUACUGUCUUAAGCACGUCAAUUCAACAUCGAAUGUCGUUCACUUGUCAUUAUUUAACUUACAUGAAAAUUUUUCAACAUUAUACCCAACAGUAGGUACUAUGUCUAUGCAACGGUCAUCCUCGCGUUUGAAAUUAUUUAUGACCGUCGACUUACCACUAUUGUUAAGGCCCACUACUAAAACGUUUACUUCUUUUUUCUUAAAACCUAAAAGAUUUGCUAAACGAUCAAAUAGUCCCAUUUUCUGUACUCUCUUCAAAGUUACGUGUUUAUCGAAUAUCAAUAGUCUACGCUGUUUAGAUUGAGAACUACUGAGUACAUGCUUUCGUGUUUUGUGACAAUAAUAUUUAUAAAAUAUUAAAUUUGUGAAUAAUUCGAAAUAUUAUUUUACUAAUUUGCUUUUUAAUUUUGCUUAUUAAAUAAGAAAAUACUACAAAAUGCCUAAGGGAAAAACAAAAAAAUUCAUUGAUAAAAAAAAUUCAGUAACAUUUCAUUUAGUUCAUCGUUCUCAAAGAGAUCCAUUAAUUGCUGAUGAAACCGCACCACAACGCGUGCUUGUUCCUAUUGGAGAUACACAAGCUGCUAAAUUUGAAAAAAAAAAGUUAGAUGAUAGUAAACGAAAAGAAGAACAAAGAAAAUAUGGCAUAUAUUUUGAUGAUGAUUAUGAUUAUUUACAACAUCUUAAAGAUGUUAAUACUUUAACAGCUGAAUGGGAACGUGUAGAUUCUACACCUUCGAAAAUAAAUGAAUCACAUAAUGUACCUAAAAUUAAUUUACCAUCUUCUGUAUUUGCUUCAAAUGUUGAAGAGAAAGUUGGGCUUUUAAAUAAAGCAGCCCCAAUUUCAGGAUUGCAAUUAGAUUUAGAUCCAGAUAUAGUUGCAGCUAUGGAUGAUGAUUUUGAUUAUGAUAAUCCAGAAAAUCAGUUAGAAGAUAAUUUUAUGGAAUUAGCUAAUGCAAACAAUAGUGAUAUUUUAGAAGAAGAGUAUGAUGAAGCAUCUGAUAUUUCAUCAGAAAGACAUAUGGAAUUAUCAGAUGAAGAAAAAGAUGAAGUAUGCAGUUUAAAUGGACCUCAAUACACUUUUAAAGAAGAAGAAACAAAAUCCCGUUUUACAGAAUAUUCAAUGAGUAGCAGUGUGAUAAGAAGAAAUGAACAAUUAACGCUUCUUGAUGAUAAGUUUGAAAAAAUGUAUACUGCAUAUGAUGAUAAUGAAAUUGGUGCAUUAGACUGUGAUGAAAUCGAAGGACAUAUUGCACCAAAUUCAGAUUUGAUUCUUCAAUGUGCAACAGAAUUUGAAAAAAAGAAAAAUGAAAAUGCUGAUAAUAUUGCACAAUUGAUGAAAGAUAGAAUGAAAAUUUUAGAAAAUGAGUAUUCAAGUUCUGAAGAUGAAGACAGUUUAGAAGAACUUAUUGUUAAUGCAAGAGAAAAAGACAAAUGGGAUUGUGAAAGUAUUAUUAGUACUUAUAGUAAUAUUUACAAUCAUCCAAAGUUAAUUUCUGAACCUAAGCAUCCACAAAAGAUCAAAGUCAAUCCAAAAACUGGUAUACCAAGAAAUAUUUUAGAUGGAUCUUCUGAAAAAUUAACUGCAAAAACAUUGGCUCAAUUUGAUCAACAAAAUGAAUAUUGUAAAUCAAAAUGUCCUCAGUCUAUUGCAGAAACUAUGAAAUCUACCUUAAGUACAUUGAGUAUAAGAUCUAAGAAUGAAACUCCCGAGGAAAGAAAACAAAGAAAGAAAGCACUUAAAGAAUAUAGAAAAGAAAGACGAAUAGAACGGAAAGCUAAUAGUGAAGCAUUUAAAGAAGAAAAGAAACGCCAAGAAAAAAUUUUAUUAAAUAACAGGCAAAAUAUUCAAGGAAAUAAAAUAUUUUAAAAUAAAUAAAUUUCGUUAUAUAUUCCUAA